UUCCUCGAGCCCUCGAGCCCUCGUCUUACCUUGUGCUAUUGUUGUAACGAACCAGAUUGAAGCUCGCCUCUGCCAUAGCUUUCGAUUCCCUUUCCCCCUACAGUUCCCAAACCCUAAACCCAUAAAUCAAACCACUAUAAACCAGAUGACCAGACUCUUUCACUCAUGGAUUCAGUGAUUCACAUGCUGCCACCGCCCACAUCUCUUCCCCCCUCGGUCAUCUCUUUUCUCAAUGCGAAGCUCAGCACCCGGGAAGACCUUGAACAGGUUCCUCAUCUCGUGUCGGAGCUCGGGAAUCAGUGCAAUGCUCUCGAUCAAUGCCUCUUUGAUCUCAACAAGCAGCUUGAGAACUAUCUGAUCGAUUACGCUUCGGAUUCGGAACGGAUCAACGGUCUACUCGGUGAUAUAAAUGCCAAAGUGAAGGAUCUUCAGUCUUCCUCUCAUACUGCAGCUUCUUCAUCUGAUGGAGGUCCGGACAAGGUUUUGGGGGAGGAGUUACCGGCACUGGCGAAGGAGGUGGCGAGAGUUGAAACAGUGCGGAAGUAUGCAGAGACAGCAUUGAAGCUUGAUACUUUAGUUGGUGACAUUGAGGAUGCUGUGUCUUCCAUUGUGAACAGAACUUUGAGGAGACAUCCAUCCUCAGAAAGUUCAGAAGACAUGCAGGUUCUUGCAAUCAGGACUCUUAAACAAACAGAAGAUGCUCUAAGAUUGAUUUCAAAGUCCCAACCUCAGUGGACACGACUUGUAUCAGCUGUUGAUCAUAGAGUGGAUCGAGCUUUAGCCAUUUUUAGACCUCAGGCAAUUGCAGAUCACCGCUCCCUUCUUACUUCUCUUGGAUGGCCACCGCCCUUAUCUUCUAUAAAUUCCUCAAGCUCAGAAACGAAGAAGUCAACAAAUGUCCAUAACCCACUUUUCACAAUGCGAGGGGACCUCAAACAAAAGUAUUGUGAAAGCUUUGUCACAUUGUGCAGUCUACAGGAAUUGCAGAGACAGAGAAAAUCCCGGCAACUAGAGGGGCAUAGUAGAGAAGUCGCCUUACACCAGCCACUUUGGACAAUUGAAGAGCUUGUGAAUCCUAUAUCAGUUGCUUGUCAACAGCAUUUCUCAAAGUGGGUUGAUAAGCCGGAAUUUAUCUUUGCCCUAGUAUAUAAGGUCACUCAAGAUUUUGUUGAUUCAAUGGAUGAAUUAUUGCAACCACUAGUUGAUGAAGCUAUGCUUUCUGGUUAUAGUUGCAGGGAAGAGUGGAUUGCAGCAAUGGUAACCUCCUUAUGUAUGUAUUUGGUGAAAGAAGUCUUCCCACAAUACAUUAGUCAGUUGGAUGAAGAGAGUGUAGGUGGAAUUAAAUCACAUGCUAGAACAUCUUGGCUCAUUCUCAUUGACCUAAUGAUAGCAUUUGAUAAGAAAGUGCAGUCCCUUGUUUCACAAUCAGGAAUCUCACUUUCAUUGCAUGAAGAUGGACUUCGGAAGAUUUCUUCACUUUCUGUAUUUGGUGACAGACCUGAUUGGCUUGACUUAUGGGCUGAAAUUGAACUUGAUGAUGCACUUGAUAAAUUGAAACCUGAUAUAGUGGAUGAAAGAAAUUGGUCGAGUGAUGUUCAAGGAGCUGCCCUUCAAUCAGGGCAAGGGGACACCAAGACUCCUGCAAUUGCCGGUGCCUUUCUUCGGCGUUUAUCUGCAGUCAUUGAUCGUUGUCGAUCACUGCCAACUGUUUCAUUGAGAUCAAAGUUUUUGAAAUUGAUAGGAGCACCACUAGUAAAGAAAUUUUUUGAUUGCAUACUUCUCAGGUCCCAAGAAGCUGAAGGGCUAACAGCACUAACAGAUGAUGAUGCUUUGACAAAAGUAGUUAGGUGCAUCAACGCGUCUCGCUAUUUUGCGACAGUUCUAGAGGAAUGGUGUGAGGAUGUGUUCUUUUUGGAGAUGGGACUAGACCAUGUAGAUGAGUUGGAAACUCUAACUGAAAAUCGCACUAGUGGAGAGGAAUUGGUUGCAACCGGUGUUUUUGACGGGGAAAUUAAGAAGCUGGAGGAGUUCAGAAUAGAAUGGGCUGAGAAGCUGUCAACUGUUGUUUUGAGGGGAUUUGAUGUGUGCUGUCGAGAUUAUAUGAGGAACAAGAAGCAAUGGCAGGAAAAGGAUGAAGGGCAUAUAGUGUCCCAAUCUCUGGUCUCAGCGUUAGAUUAUCUACAGGGAAAAAUGUCAGUACUGGCAGAAGGUCUGAAUGAGAUUGAUUUCGUUGGGGUAUGGAGAAGCCUGGCAUCCAGGCUUGAUAAUUUGAUGUUUAAUGGUAUUCUAUUGAGCAAUGCCAAAUUUAGUGACGUGGGAGUCGAGAGACUCGAGAAUGAUGUGGGGGUUAUGUUUGCUGUAUUCAGGCCAUGGUGUUUUAGACCUGAAGGCUUCUUCCCCAAAUUGAGUGAAGGUCUUAAGUUGCUGAAAAUGACAAAGAGACAGCAUCAGAAUUGUUUGACAGGAGGAGAGGGAACAUUGAAGGAGAAUGGGAUAAGGCAUUUAACAGUAGCUGAAGUGGAAAAGCUUUCAAAGAAUAGGGUAUAGUUUUGUACACCCAAAAAAAAAAAUGAAAAGAAUAUUUCAAAAAUUACCUGGAUAAGUCUUAUGCUGCAGCAUUGCUCAUCAAAAUGAUACAGCUUUCUCACCAAUUAUUCUGCAUUACCAUAUUUCUGGAAAUGAUCAGAGUCUAUACUUAAACUACGAUUUGAGAUAAUUGCAGCUUCUCUCGAUUAAAUGUAACUUUUUUUAUUUAUUUA